GAUGAGAAGAUGUGUCAUAAUAGUGCAAUAAUUGUAUUUUUUUUUCACACAAUUAGUAAUACAAGGUUUUUAUCUGUGAUGUAGUUUAUAAUCGAGUUUAUCUUAUCAAUGUAACGUUUGUGUCCAAAUGAUGCUGAAAUAACAAUUGGGACGAAAUUGAAUGCAAGCAGCUAUGGAUGAUAUUCACUUGGAGCUGAAUCAUGUCGACACAGAGAACUCUGAUAUGUCCAUCGGAGGGGACAGUCGUUUCAGCAGUUACAGGCAUCGGACUGUAUCACUGCAGAGGAAUUCGCUGGCAAAUGAGAUGAUCGGUUUGAGAACAAUGGGAAGAUAUAAAUAUCAUACCAAUACUUUGAGGAGCAUUCGAAGCCCCGAGGAUGCUGAUACAAUAGUGAAUCAGAUCCAGGAGAAUGUCGCCAAGGCUGAUGAUGAGCAGCAGGCAGAUCAACUGAGACGAGAGGCUUUGAGAGAUAUGCCUCAGAGUUUGACGAUUAAGAGACAGGUGAAACAGACUUUGAUGUUGAAUGAGAAGAGCAGAGGUGAUAAUCACAGCACCAUUGGAUGCUACAAGUGGGCUGUGUAUUCAAUCAUUAUUUUGUAUUCUAAGUUGAAAGCAAGUAUUUACAAUUUCCUGUACACCUUCGAGCUGUGGUAUUUAAUAUUGAAGACGCUGGAAGGACAAUUCGGAUCAGCGGUAGCCACGUUCUUCAGAUUCUUCAGAUCUCUAUUCUUUCUCAACCUUUUCACGCUUGUGCCUACAUUCUUUUUUAUAGUAUUGCCGCAGAUCUUGCAGAGCAAUUUCGGAGAUGAAGUUGUUGUCGAUCAAGAGUCUUUUUCACCUGCUGAUAUUUUCACUGGAGAAGGUUCUCUAACGAAUUCGGUCCUAUUUUACGGACACUACACCAACGAAACCAUAAAACUUGCAAAGUACGAAUACGACAUGCCCUACGCUUAUUUAUUCACCAUGUUUGUGAGUUACGUGAUUGGAUUCAUCGUUCUCAGCUACAGCACUGCGAAAUCGUUUCGCAAGAACUUCAUCGAAACUAAAGGCGGAUCGAAAAACGUCUUCGCUCAUAAAAUCUUCUGCAGCUGGGAUUUCGGUAUAGCCACCGAAGAUGCGGCUACUUUAAAGUCUUCGGUCAUCUACCACGAGCUAAGAGAGUUAUUGGAUCAGUGGAAUUCGCCAAGAACGAAAGCUUCGUGCGCUUCGCGCUUCUUCACCGUCUGCACGAACUUCGCCGUCAAUUUGCUCAUACUCUUCGUGCUGAUGGGAAUCGCCUUCGGCAUGUGGAUUCUCCUCGACAAGAAUCGUUUGAACGAUGAUAACGAGCACAUCGGUAUGAUCACGGCUGUCGUUAUAAACGUGACGAUCCUAGUGUUUCCGCUGUUCUUCACCAUUGUUGGAUUUUGCGAGGACUACAAGAGUCCCAGAAAUUCGUUCUUCGUGAAUCUGACCAGAACGAUCCUCCUGGAAAUCGUCGUGAUUGGAAUUUUGGUCGCCUAUUGGAUUACAUCCGCCUCCAAAGUGGAAUGUUGGGAGACUUGUCUAGGGCAAGAAAUCUAUCGCUUAGUUAUAUUCGAGUUUAUCUUUUCGAUAGUUUUCCUACCGAUGACCGAAAUCGUGCGAUUUCUUUUAAAUAAGAAUUUUCCGAGCACCUUCGAUCCACCCGAAUUCAACAUAAAUCGGUACACGCUUCAGAUCUUGUACAAUCAGACGUUAUUCUGGAUCGGACUGUAUUUCUCGCCACUGCUCUCCGCGAUCGUCGUCCUGAAACUCUUCGUCUCCUGGUAUCUGACCACGUUCACCGUUCUGCACUGCUGCAAACCAUCAUCGAAGACGUGGAGGGCCGCGCAAACGGAGACGCUCUUCCUCAUCAUGGCCUUCCUCAAUCUGAUCAUGGUGAUGACCUGUUUGGGAUACGUGGUUGCUAGCGUUGAGACGUCAGGUUGCGGUCCGUUUAGAAGCUUCGAGUACGUGUACAAUUUGGUGAAGGAGGGAAUCUUGGGUUUGGAGCAGGGUCAAACCAUCCUGAAGACGAUCAUCUACGUCACGAAACCUGGAGUCGUCGCGUUGAUCAUCCUGAUGAUGUGCAUGGGCGUUUAUUAUUUGGACGCAAAGUCUCGAGCGCAAGACGCGAUGGUGAAGCUGCUGAGGAAUAUGCUUAUCAAUGAGGCGAAGGACAAGGAGUUUUUGCUCACGCGGAUCUCGUUGGCGACGCAAGGAAGAUACAAUCUGCAGGAGAAUCCUCUGGAGGGAUCGCCGAUGAGGCAGAGGAGGAUGCGCGAGGAUCUCGGGGACAGCGGCACCGAGGUUCUUCUACCUUCGCAUCGCGUCAACAUUUAGCAUCAAUUAAUUAUUUUCUUUUUACUUCUCUCGGACGAAGCGUACUUAUUUAGAGUAUUUCUAAUAUUGUGAUAACCUUCGCCGACUGCUGUUUCUUCGGACUGUUGCGGCAGUCGCGUUUGCUAGGAUCGACUUUUGGACCAAAUAAAUUAUUAUCUACGUUUUAAA